AUGGCUGAUAUAUCGCCGAGUGUUUCGGCAGCAGUAACUGCCACAGUUACGGCUGAACCACCCUCAUCAGCACAUAGUCCUGUUCGGGAACCCCUUUCCCCCACGGCUGGAGCUGCAGAGUAUGAAACAUCUGAUGAAGAAACCCUGCGCAGGUGGUUCCCUGCCACUUCUCCAGAUUAUAAAACCCGGUGUGGGGACGUCAAACAACUCGUAAAGGAGGAUCUAGAGGACCCACACAGACGAAAACAUCUGGAGUCAUUUAGACAGAGCAUGCUGGAGUGGGAGGCUUAUGACCCUAACGUGAGAAAUGAAAUGGAGGAGGAGACGGCAAAUGCCUUUCUCGCGGACUUGUUGAAGAUUAGGCCUAGAACGAACAAGGAGUUCAACUCCGCAACGAAAAUUCUUAGGAAGAAGUACAAGGUUGCCCCUGCGAAGUCGCAGCUUGUGGCUGCGUACAAGCGAUUGCUCGCUGCAGAGUCGAACUCUCACAUGACCCAGGACACCAACCCUGUGGGGCCACAUGGUACGGAGUCGCUGGACAGUCAAAACUGCCCCUACGGGCUGCGCAAUCCAAUGUUGGAAAGCUUAAUGCGGCGGAAAGCAGUGCGAACAAAUAGUGGGGUUCUUGUCGUCACGGUUUUGACUGCUCCCGGUCGUUUCUCCUGUCCGCAUGAUUGCCACUACUGCCCGAACGAACCGGGACAGCCGCGUUCUUAUCUGUCGACUGAGCCGGCUGUGCUGCGAGCCAACCAAAACGGGUGGAGCCCUCUCAAACAGUUUCAUGACAGGGCUAGCACGCUUAAGCGGAAUGGCCAUGCUGUUGACAAGAUAGAAGUCCUCGUGCUGGGAGGCACAUGGAGCGGGUAUCCCUCGGACUAUCAAGAAGAAUUCAUCCGAGACAUUUACUACGCUGCAAACGUCUUCGGACUGCCUGAGCCUAUCCGCGAACCCCUCUCUUUAGAAGAGGAACAGAAUCUCAAUGAAAUUGCAAGCUGUCGCAUUGUGGGCUUAACGUUGGAGACACGACCUGACUUCAUUACGCGUUACGAAUUGCGCCGGCUGCGUCGCUUCGGAUGCACACGAGUGCAGAUUGGCGUGCAGCACGUUGAUGACAGUGUGCUGCAGUACAUUAACCGGGGAUGCACUCGCCACGACGCAAUAAAAGCCAUACGCAUGCUUAAGGAUUCAGGCUUUAAGGUUGACGUGCACCUCAUGCCGGAUCUACCGUCCAGCAGUCCAGAUGCAGACCGUCAAAUGUUCUACUACGUCCUCUCCUCCCCCGAUCUCCAAGCCGACCAGUGGAAGAUUUACCCAUGUGAAGUGACACCUUUUUCAACAAUAGAGCAAUGGUAUAAGGAAGGCAAGUUUAUUCCCUACGCAGACACUGAUGGGGACGCCCUGUUGACCCUAAUUUGCUCUGUCAAAGCAGCGGUUCAUCCGUGGGUGCGGCUGAAUCGGGUAGUGCGCGAUAUCCCAAACCAAUCCAUCAUUGGAGGUAACAGCGUCACAAACCUCCGACAGGAACUGUCGAGAGAGCUGGAGCGCCGGCAACUGCGCUGCAAGUGCAUCCGCUGUCGGGAAGUGAAGGAUAUGCAGUUCGAUUUGGGGGUAGCGGAGUUGUGCGUUCGUCGCUACGAAACAAACGGGGGAGUGGAGUUCUUUUUGUCGUUUGAAACGCCAGACAGGAAAACAAUAUUUGGGUUUCUUCGGCUAAGACUGCGUGCUCGGAGGUCUCCGCGGGACUGCCCAUUUAGCGUGUUGAAUGGGGCGGCGCUGUUGCGGGAGCUGCACGUUGCAAGCUACUGUCAGGCAGCAAUUGCUCUUGGGCAACUUUUCGUUUGCGGUACGCAUGCAGGACGUCUAGUGCCGCACGGCGAAGCAAAAACCAGCGGUGACUUGCGACCCCAACACGCUGGAUUUGGGAGGCGGUUAAUACAGGCAGCAGAAAUCGUUGCCAUGGCCAACGGGUACUUCCGUAUGGCGGUCAUCGCGGGGAUCGGCACGAGGGAGUAUUACCGAUCAAGCGGAUAUGAGCUUGAGGAUUCGUACAUGGUGAAGGAUUUGACUGUUUCUGGUCUUCAUGCUGGGCGUCCUGAUUUGCUGGCUGAUCAGCCGAAGCAUCUGCUAAUUGAGUACCAAGAUUUGCAAAAGGCAGCUUCACAACUAUUGCUCCCGUUGCCACCAAAGGCGCCUCUCAGCAAACGCAGGAACGCGCAAGGGAACAGAAGAGGAGGCAAAGGGAAGGGGAGAAUCGGGGCACAAGAUACAGAGGCGGACGGAACUAUCGUAGCAUCAAUUGAGGAAACGAGGGAAAAGGCGAGAUUUUUCCUCAGUGAAUAUACAGUAAACGUGGAGUCUAUUGACGUCCCUAAACUUUUGCAGAGGCUACAGAAUAGUGAAAAUACACAACAAAACCCAGUAGGGCCGGCCUCAGCAUUUACUGACAGAGAUACUUUUGCUGAGCACUGCAGCAUACGGCAGUAA